AUGUACCACUCCUGCAAUAUUCCCGACCUUGUCGGGCACAGCAUCGACCAGGGCCGGCUGAAACUUGUCGGCACUAUCGGCUCGGGCUCGAACGGUGUCAUCUUUCUCGCUGAAGACACAACCUCCGGCUCAGGCUCGCCACCAACCCAGUACGCAGUCAAGUGCGUCGUGCGUGCGGAGAAGGGCUCGCGACGAUACACCCUCCAGCGGCAGGAGAUCCACUUCCACCAGAUCUUGUCUAGCCACCCGAACGUCGUCACCCUCCACCGCGUCAUCGAGGACAAGUUUUACGUCUUCCUCGUCCUCGACUACUGCCCCGGCGGCGACCUCUUCACCUUCCUGUCGAGUUCGCGCGUCUACCGCGGGGACGAUGCGUUCAUCAAGCGCUUGUUCCUUCAGAUCGUCGACGCUCUGGAGGCGUGCCAUAACGCAGGGAUAUACCAUCGCGACCUUAAGCCCGAAAACAUCCUCAUCAGCGAAGACGCUCAGCAUAUAUACCUCACCGACUUCGGUCUUGCCACCGCAAAUGCGUACAGCAAAACAUACGGUGCUGGAAGCUCGCUCUACAUGAGUCCUGAAUGCAUUGGUUUCGACCCUGCGCGCCUACCAUACAACGCGCGCGAGAACGACAUCUGGGCGCUUGGCGUGAUCCUCACCUCGAUGAUCUCGGGCCACAACCCCUGGAACAACGCAUGCCCGGCCGACGCCUGUUACCGCGCGUACGCGCGCAACAACCGUUUCCUCAUCGAGAUGCUCCCUCUCUCCCCCGAGGCGAAUAUUCUUCUCCAGCACGUGUUUCGCUGCGAGGCCGCGCGUCGCGCGUCGCUCGAGCAGGUGCGCGCAGCCGUAGAGAUGCUCGACUCGUUCUUCAUGCGCCCCGCGCUCAUCGCCCGCGCGGGCCCAUACCUCCGCUCGAGCGCCGCGACGUACUUCGAGGGGUCGCCGUUCGCAUCGCACUACCUGCUCCCUCCUGCGUCACCCUCGGCGUCGCUCGCGGACUCGGAGGAGGGCGAGGAGGACGCGCGGGGCCGGAGCGCCAGCAGACGCGACACGCCGUCGUCGGUGGAGAGCUCCAGUGGGCCGCGGACACCGGAGAUGCGCGCACAACAACCACGUCUGGAGGUCGCGGACUACCCACAUGGGUUGCACGGCGAGGGGUCGGUCGAGCUGCCCGGCGGUGUGUUUGCGAAGAGGCCACGGUCGAUGUCUCCCGCUGGUAUCUUACGGCGGUUCAUGGACCGGUUCUUCACCGAGUAGAGCGGUCCCAUCGACGUGCUCGACUCUGCUAGAUUUGGCUGUUUUCCGUAUGCUUUCGUUUGGACCUUGCUCUCCGCCAC